AUGCCGGGUCUUGCGCCCGCAAACGUCACCAUCAUCCACCCCGACUUGGGCAUCGGUGGUGCUGAACGCCUGAUUAUUGACGUCGCCCUCGCCCUCCAGAAUCGCGGCCAUCGCGUAACGAUCUACACGUCUCACUGCGACAAGUCGCACUGUUUCGAGGAGGCGCGCGAUGGGACUCUCGACGUGCGCGUUCGCGGAAACACCAUCUUUCCUCCACAGCUCUUCGGACGCUUCCACAUCCUCAUGGCGGGACUGCGCCAGCUACACCUAACCGCGUCCCUUCUAUCGGAGCUAAAGUCCCCGCAGACUGCACCGAACUCAGCAACCGAGAAACAGAGCCCCCAAGAGGAGAACGAAAAGACCGAUCAAAUAUUCAUCGUCGAUCAGCUCCGGAAAAAUCGACCUUUCUCCGCUUGGUCAAGCGGCUAUACCGAUAUCCGUUUGAUGGAAUCGAGGGAUGGGGGGCUGGCUGCAGCGGAUAAGGUGGUCGCAAACUCCAAGUUCUCGCGCCGAGUUGUAGACAAUGUGUUUGGCGAGGAGAAUAUCGGUAAAAUCGACGUUGUCUAUCCUUGCGUGGAUACCGAUGAAGAUGCGAUUGCGCCGGAAGCCAAAGCUGCAGAGCCCCUCUGGGGCGGCAAGAAGAUCUUGCUUAGCGUCAACCGGUUCGAGCGCAAGAAGGAUAUGGCGCUGGCCAUUCGGGCAUACAAUGGACUGGGCUUCGUGAAAAGGCAAGGCACACGAUUGGUUAUCGCGGGUGGCUAUGAUAAUCGCGUGCAAGAAAAUGUCCAGUACCAUCGAGAAUUGGAUGAGCUUGCCACUGGCCUCGGGCUGAAGACGGCCACCUCGAAAACUGUCGUAUCGGCGCUGUCGAUUCCGGAUGAUAUUGAUGUUCUUUUCCUUCUCUCUGUCCCCACUACCUUCAAAGAUACCCUUCUAUUGCAGUCCAAGCUCCUUCUUUACACCCCGAUCAAUGAGCAUUUUGGGAUUGUACCGGUAGAAGCAAUGCGUGCAGGUCUUCCAGUGCUGGCCUCUAACACAGGCGGUCCCCUGGAAACUAUCGUUGACGGCGUCACCGGCUGGCUCCGAGAUGCCCAUGAUGACGAGGCCUGGACAGCCAUCAUUGAUAAAGUGCUUUACGAACUGAGCGAGACAGAGCUCGAAACGAUAGCCAAUGCCGGGAAAUCAAGAGCUGAUAAAGAAUUCUCACUAACAGCAUUGGGCGAUCGAUUGGAGGAAACCAUCUCCGCUAUGCUCGCCGCGGAUCGGCGGCCAUUUGACUUUUGGGCAGAUGUGCUUGUCAUGCUCAUGUUUGUCAGCGGCGUGGUAUUCAACGUCCUAGUUAUUGGAUAUUGGUACUAUUACACCUAG